AUGUUUCGAAAAGUGAAAACGCGUAGCAAUCUUCGUCAACGACUACUAUCGGACGAUGAUGAUAGUGAUAGUGGUGAUGAUGGAGGUGGUGGUGUUACUUCUGGAACAGCAGUAGCAUCAACAAUCAAAGAGUCAUUAAUUAGUAGAACGGUCGAGCAACAGCAACAGCAACAGCAACAUGCGGAAAAGGUGAAUAAAGCAGAAGGGAACCAGAAACCACACGCUGGUGUGGUAACAGAAGAGCACCACUUGCUCAGUUUUGAUAAUUUUGAAGGCGAUGACAUAACGGACUUUAAAAUCAAACGUAAAGAUCCUAAUAAACGUUUGGAUAAGUUGACGAAAAGAGCGAAAUUGCGACAGAAAGCUGACAAUGAAGCUGUAGAACAAGAAACUAGCGUGGUUGUAAAGCAAAUUAAACAAGAGGUGAAGACGAAUGAACCGUCAAUCAAGAAUAUUAAUACUUCUCAAAGCAAACAGUGGAAAGUGAAGGAUGAACCCGUACAAGAGGAAACAGAUUUGGAGCAGGAUUCGGUCAUACGAAGUAAAUUCCCAUCUGCGUUUCGAGGAGAGAUUCCGGAUGCGAAAACUGUUUAUGAAGCACGAAAGAAGCGAGAAAAAAUGCGUUUAGUCAGUUCUAAUGGCCAGAUCCCACUGGAUGACGUGCAGCGGUUGAAGGAUAAAUCCGUAGCACGAUCACGGUUAAUACGUGAAGAUGAAAACGAUUUGAGUGAUGAAGAUCCAGAAGGUGGAAGGUUUUAUUCGCUAAAAAGUUUGGCAGCUGAUGAUGAUGAAAGACGACGGAAUGAGCAUAUGGAUUUUCUUGCUCACGAAGGAGGAGGUAGUGAUGAUGGUCAUGAGCAAUCGGAUGAGGAAGUAACGCGAUGGGAAAGAGAACAGAUGAAGAAAGGAGUAUCAUCACAUAAGGUGGAAAUGUUGGAACGUGAACGUGCAAAAAUGGAAGCAGUGAUGAAAGCCAUAAGAAGUAGUAUGGAAUUGCCACCCGAAAAUCGCGAGCAGUUGCCGAUGGAAAUGGAUAUAGAUUUUUCUGAAUCUGAUAUGCUUUCACUAUCACAGACUGGACGAGUAUCUGGCAAAACUAUAGCUGUAUCGUUAAAAGAAAUUCUUUCAAAAUUACAACAGCGCAAGAAAGAUGGCAAGGAAUCAGUAAAUGCUCGUGAAGCAGAAUUUGAAAGGACAACUGCUCAAAUUCAAGAAAAUAAGGAAAUGAUUAGCAAGCUUGAGAUGGAAGAACCACGGAUCAGAGAACGUUUCCAAGUUUAUCAGGAUAUCCGAGCAUACGCUAGAGAUCUGUUGGAAUGUUUGUCAGAAAAAAUAAGCGAAGUUAAGGAUUUGGAAAGUCGAAUGGCAGAAAUUCUAGAUGGCCGGGCUCGAAGACUUCGAACACGACGAAGAAACGAUGUGCACGAUAUGUAUGAUGAAUGCUCGGCAGCUGCAGCUGGUCGACCACUGCACCAACGAGCCCCUGAAGUCAGUCAAAGAGCAGCAGAACGAGAAGCAAGAAGAUCGCGUCGUCGUCGUUUGCGUGAAAAUACUUUAGAAGGUGUUUCACAUGAAGAAGGCUUAAGUACAGAUGAUGAAGAGACAAAUAGUGAGAUUAUAGCUCGCCAACAAUCGAUCGAUGAGAUUCGCGCAGCGGCAAAUGUCAUAUUCGUUGAUGCACUUGAUGAUUUUUGUCGUAUUGAUCGAAUUCUAUCAAGAUUUGUUGACUGGUUAGCACAUGAUGAGGAGUCCUUCGUCAAUGCUUAUGUUCAUCUAUGCAUUCCAAAGCUUAUCUCAUUAUUUAUUCGUUUGGAACUAAUCGACUGGGGACCGCUUGAGAAUGACAGUCGUCCAGUGAAUUCAAUGCGUUGGUACGAAGAUUUGAUAGGAUGUGCCGCAGUAAGCUCGAACAUUAACGUCGAACACCCUAUCCUUGUUUCACUUAUACCUCUGUGUAUUGAGAAAGUUGUUUUAUGGAAAAUUACAGAUCUGAUCCGUGAGCGAUGGGACCCUCUAUCGCAACAUCAAUGUCGAAAUUUAGGUUUUCUGCUCAAUCAGUUGAUUGACGAAUGUCCAACGCUAGUGCCAAGUAGUCGGCCAGUGCAAAAACUUCUGCAAACUAUAUGUCUACGUGCUCAGGAUGCCAUCGAUGAAGAUUUAUUUGUUCCCAUUUAUUCUAAACAAGCUGUUGAGAAUCCUGCCACGGGCUGUAAGGCAUUCUUGGAUCGACAAACUUGGACUUCCGUUAAGUUAAUUCGAUGUCUGAACUGUCUGUCUGCCGUUUUAUCUGAGGAGAAAAUGCGAGAAUUGGUUCUGGACGGUAUUGUAAACCGAGUGAUGCCUGCAUUACAAUGUGCAACAAUAUCUGAUCAGUCCAUGAUCCGAAAAUGUCGAGCUUUGAUGAAAUUGAUCCCAGCAGCAUGGAGGGAAAAUAACACGCGUAUUGCUCUGCGAAAUUUCAACGAUUUAUUAGGGAAAGUCGCUGAAGAACAUAAAAAUAAUAGAGAAUUUGUCAAGGAAGUGAAAAAAUUCGUCAUUGUGAACAAAUGCUGUUAA